CGCCGCCGCCGCCGCCCCUGGUCGGUUCAGUCGGCCAGUCCGCCAGCCGCUGGCCCCGGGAGCACAGAACGCCGAGGCGAGAGUCAGCCCGGAGCCCCCCGCGAUCAUGGCUCUGGCCCCCGCCCCGCUCCCCGGCCGCUCGCUGGCCGCCGCCGCCCCGGCCGGCAAAGCCAAGCUCACGCACCCCGGGAAGGCCAUCCUGGCAGGCGGCCUGGCCGGGGGCAUCGAGAUCUGCAUCACCUUCCCCACCGAGUACGUGAAGACGCAGCUGCAGCUGGACGAGAAAGCCAACCCCCCUCGCUACCGGGGCAUCGGGGACUGCGUGAAGCAGACUGUGCGCAGCCAUGGCGUCCUGGGCCUCUACCGCGGCCUCAGCUCUCUGCUCUACGGCUCCAUCCCCAAAGCGGCCGUCAGGUUCGGGAUGUUCGAGUUUCUCAGUAACCAGAUGCGGGACGCCCAGGGCCGGCUGGACAGCACUCGAGGGCUGCUCUGCGGGCUGGGGGCCGGCGUGGCCGAGGCCGUGGUGGUCGUGUGCCCCAUGGAGACCAUCAAGGUGAAGUUCAUCCACGACCAGUGCUCCCCCAACCCCAAGUACCGCGGCUUCUUCCACGGGGUGAGGGAGAUCGUCCGGGAGCAAGGUCUGAAGGGCACCUACCAGGGUCUCACCGCCACCGUGCUGAAACAAGGCUCCAACCAGGCCAUCCGCUUCUUCGUCAUGACCUCCCUGCGCAACUGGUACCGAGGGGACGACCCCAACAAGCCCAUGAACCCGGUGGUGACGGGGGCGUUCGGAGCCAUCGCGGGGGCCGCCAGCGUCUUCGGGAACACGCCGCUGGACGUGAUUAAGACCCGCAUGCAGGGCUUGGAGGCUCACAAGUACAAGAGCACGUGGGACUGCGGCUACCAGAUCAUGAAGCACGAGGGCCUCAAGGCCUUCUACAAGGGCACCGUGCCCCGCCUGGGCCGAGUCUGCUUGGACGUGGCCAUCGUCUUCAUCAUCUAUGACGAAGUCGUGAAGCUGCUCAACAAGGUGUGGAAGACGGACUGAAGGGGGCGCCGCUGCUGGACAGCCCGGGGCCCGGGGCCCCGCUUCGGCCCCCGCUCCUUGGGGCCCCGGCCGCGAGGGGGCCGUGUCCCCCCCCACUGUGAGCGGGCAGAUGGCAGUGGCGGCCUCUGGGUGUGACCUUUGGCCUCUGCCCCGCCUCCUUCCCGUCCUUCUCCGAGAUGUGGGGGGAGGGGGGCCCGGCCCCCGCCCCGGCCCCCGGAGCCCCCAUUCCAGUGUGACUUGUGCCAAACAGAUCUUGUCCUGUGUUUUCUGUGUCGUGUCUGCUGCGUUCCACGGUCUGUGUGUAUCCUCGUGUCUGUCGUACGUGUCUGUCACUGCCGGCUCCGCCCCCGUGCCUUCUAAGCCACAGGCCUCCCUGGGGGGGCAGGGCCCCCCAGACUCCUGCGCCUGGCGGGGGGCGGGGACGCUCCCCAGGACCAAAUCCUCUUUUCCAGGAGAGAGCCCGGCCCCCGCCCCGCCACACACCAAAGCUGCCUCGGGGGGGCCGGCCUCGGCCCCCAAAGCCAUCGGUGCCCUUAGCCCGGGCCUGGGGGGCUCCCGGCACUCUGGGCUGGUGGGGGCUGGGGCGAACCACAAGUCAUGGGACCAACGUCUGUGUGGUGGUGGGGGCGGAGGGGAAGUGGGUCGGGCCCGGCCUGGGCCGGACGGGCCUCCGCCUCCUGCCUGGGCUGGCCUCCCUCCCCGGGCCUGGGCCUUCACCCCAGAUCUCUUCCUGCCUCACCCCCGAUGACAAUAAACCACAAGCUGGUAUCAACGGCCGUUUUGUCUGUGUGAGAUGUGGAGGGGCCGGGCAGGCCGGGGUCACUGCCGGGGUGACCGUUGGUGGACAGUGACCCCCCCCCCAGAAUCCCUCAGGAAAGGGGGGGCAGGGCCCAGAUGGGCCCAGGAGGCUUCAGGCAGCGCGGGGCCACAGGACUUGGACCCGGAGGCUGUUAGGCCGGGCCGGCUUCACAGAGCAAGAAACCGGGGCCUAGAGCCGGGUGGGCCCGGAAGCUUCCCAGCAGCUCCCUGACUGUGGGGGCCGGGAGGCCGAGGGGAGCCCGGGGAGCCGGCUCUGCCGCCUCUGGUAUAUGUGCAGGAGAAUGCGGUUCCUCGGCCGCAGCGGAGGGGGCGCCCUCCGCCCCGUAGAGUGUAAGCUCCCUGGGAGCAGGGACACCUUGGGGGGGGGGGUGUGCCCAGCACUUAGCCGGGUGUCUGGCAUACAGUGGGUGCAUAAUAAAUGCUCGUUGGUCAUUGA